AUCGAGAGCUCGUACGAGAAACGCCGGGAUGACCGCUCUCAGGCUUCUCUCUAGUAUUACAUAUAUAUAUAUAUAUGUAGAAAAUAAGAAUAGUAAGAGAAACGAACCUGUUGAGACUGGCAAAUGACGUUUUGCUAAUUAGAUUAAAUCGUUAUAUGCACUUAUAUAAAUUGCAACGAAAAUUUUUCUUACAAACAUCGAGUCUAAUACAUUUUGUAAUUAUAGAAUUUAAUAUAUGAAUCAUUUAUACAUAGAACAACAAUGGAGAAAGAAAGGUUUACAAUGCUUCUUUUGGAACCAGGAGAAAUAUUUUUUGAAGAUUAUAGUGUUCAGAUGAGAAGGCUAGAUGCUAGAUUUCCAGAAAAUAAAAACUGGAUGGAGGGGAGAUUAAAGCUAUGCUCUAAAUCUUUGGUAUUUGUAAAUAAAGAUAUUAACCAGCCAUUAAUCAAGAUUCAACUCAAGGAAACUACAUUUGUGGAGCAAUGUACAUCAAGCAAUAAUAUAGCAAGUAAUAUGCUGUCAGUGGAAUGUAAACAACAUGUGGAAAUGCUGGAAAAAAAUAUAUUAGCACCAUACAGAUUUAUACAUCAAAAUACUAUGUUUAAUUUCUGUUUCAAUUAUGCAAAAAUAGAAGAUUGCCUUUCACAAAUCUUACAGUUGCAUAGAGCAGCGAGUUUAGCAACCGCGGAACAAAAUGCUAUGAUUAUGGCUAUUGUACACUCCAGACAAUCGCGUGUAUCUUUUGAUACAUCAUGGCUGGAAGAUUUAUAUGAGCAAGUAAUUUUAGAGACACAAGCAAACAAAAUAUCACCACUUGUGGUAAAUCCGGGAAGAGUAUUGUUGACUACUUCGAGAAUUUAUUUUCAACCUUACAAUAAUAUGGAUCAGCAUCCUGUUCUUAAGAUUCAACUGAAAGAUAUACAAAAUAUUAUAAAAAGAAGAUUUCUAUUGCGACAAGUGGGUCUUGAAAUUAAAUGGAUACGACAAGCUGAUAGUAAAUUUGAACAUCUAUUUUUGUCAUUUCAAAAUCAGGAUAACAGAGAUAAUCUAUAUGAAAGUUUACUUAAACAAUCAAUGGUUUCCCUAGAAACUGUACCCCAAAAUCAAAUGACAAUGAGAUGGCAAAAUGGAUAUAUAUCGAAUUAUGAUUACAUUUUAUAUGUAAACAGUUUGGCUGACAGAACAUUUCACGAUUUGACACAAUAUCCAGUAUUUCCAUGGAUUAUACAAGACUACACUUCUACUGCGUUAGAUUUAAAUGAUAUUAAAGUUUACAGAGAUCUUUCAAAACCUAUUGGCGCAUUAAAUCCUUCUCGUUUAGAGAGACUAAAAGAACGAUAUUUGGAAAUGUCUGAUCCGAAAUUUUUAUAUGGUUCUCAUUAUAGCGCACCAGGUUUUGUAUUAUUUUACUUAGUACGGAAGUACCCUCAAUAUAUGCUCUGUCUACAAAAUGGAAGAUUCGAUCAUCCAGAUAGAAUGUUUAACAGUAUAGCCGACGUUUGGAAAAAUGUUUUGGUGAACAUGUCUGACUUUAAAGAACUGAUACCGGAGUUUUAUGAUAUGAGCAAUGCCGGUGACUUUUUAGCGAAUAGUUACGGUAUCGACUUUGGUUAUCGACACGACGGUACAAAGAUAGGUGAUGUACAACUUCCUCCUUGGGCAAAAGGACCAACCGAUUUUGUACAACAAUUAAGAAAUGCUUUAGAAAGCGAUUAUGUUUCUCGAAAUCUUCAUCAUUGGAUUGAUUUAAUUUUUGGAUAUAAACAAAGAGGAAUUGAAGCUGAAAAAGCUGAUAAUGUAUUCUUCCAUUUAUGUUAUGAAGGGGCAGUAGAUUUAGACACUAUACGAGAUAUAAAUGACAGACAUGGGCUUGAAGUGCAAAUUAUGGAGUUUGGUCAAAUACCAAAGCAAGUUUUUACUUUACCUCAUCCUAAACGUUUAGCAUCAGCUCCAGAUUUAUUAUAUAGCGAAACAUUGUUAACUUUGCCAGAAACAAUGACUUCAGGGAAUCCAUGUGUAAAAGAAAAAGCAAUUAAUUUCGCGGAAUUGAUAGCGUUCCAAGCACACAAAGACUGUGUUACCAGUAUCAUACGAAAAAAUACAACGAGUAACGAAAUUAUAUCAGUAGGACAAGACGGAAUGCUUAAAUUAUAUAAUACAAACGAGAGAAAACUGACGCAUAGCGUUUCUUUGUCUUUAUUAUCAUUAUCAUCUUGUAUCUCGUAUUAUACAUCGUCGCAGCGUAACAUUCUUGUAGCAGGAUCGUGGGACAAUACUUUAAUAUUUUAUGAUAUCGAGUUUGGCAGAGUAAUUGAUGUCCUUCAAGGACAUGAAGAUGCAGUCUCAUGUUUAGCUUGGAGUCCUAAGCAUCAAGUAAUUAUAUCAGGGUCGUGGGAUUGUACUGUGAAAGUCUGGCAUGGGUAUACUUCUGGAUCAAAAAUUAAACCUGCAGAAUGUUUUAUCGCGCAAUUAGAUCAUGAUUCCAAAGUAACUUGUAUUAAUAUAUCGAGAGAUGAUACUAUGUUGGUAUCUGGUACAGAAGAUGGCGAAUUAUGUUUGUGGAACAUGGAUAGCUACAAUUUACAAGCUACUAUUAAAGGCCACGUAUGCAGGAUAAAUGCGGUAACGUUCGAUAAACAAUGCAGCAGCGUGAUAUCAUGUGCGGAAGACAAACUAAGUAUAAUCGACGUUCGAACAAAUACACAGAUAUAUUCCGUCAAUUUAGAGAGUGAACCAUUGACGUUAACUUGGAUGAAAACCUUUCUCUUAAUAGGCGAUAAUAAUGGAAAUCUUAAUAUAUGGAAUCAUCAAGGGGCUGCACUCGUCUCACAAAUACAAUGUCACGAUGGGCCGCUUUGCGCCCUAGCUGUAAUUGCUGAUAGUAACUUGAUGAUAACGGGUGGGAAGGACAGAAAAGUUAUCGUAUGGGAAUGCCAUGAGCAAUGACAGUAUUAUUGAACUAAUAUAGAUUACUACUAGUGUAUAUAAUUACUACUAGUAAUUACUACUAGUAAUUACUACUAGUGUAUAAAAAAGGAAAUUUGAUGUAAAAAGAGGGACUAUAAUAUAUAAUAUUAUUUAUAAA